CGUACCCCUUAAAAAAUAAUGUUUAAAGCUAAUAAAAAGAAGAAGCAGUUAAAAGGGAUUACGAAAGAAAAGGAAAUGUCAAUAGAAUCAGACAAUAAAAUAACUUUACUCGAUGAUGUCAGCUUAUUAACCCAAGACUUUCGUUCCUCUGUUAUUAUACCUCAAUUAAAUAAGAAUAUGCUGAAUGAUAAGACUACAGAAACAGCCAUAGAUAAGAAUAUAACAAAAUCGAAUUCAGUUCAGUGUGAUGGAUCUAAACAAUAUCAAGAUUUAGCUACUUGGAGACAUCAACGUAGUCAAUAUCGAUAUUCAAAUGGUCUAUUUGGUGGUAAACAACGUAAUAGACCUAAAAUGACAGUUGUUGCUACAACCAAAGUAAAAGAAGAGAGUGAGGUGAUAAAUAAAAGUCAUAAAAAUAGUGAAGAUUCACCUAUACCAUUACUAGAUGCAGAAUUCUAUCAACCUGAAUCUAAUACUGAAGAAGAAAACUUUUUCUUUGAAGACUUUUCAUCAUUAAAUCAUAAAAAGGAACCUAUCAAAAAGAAAUCCUCUCAUUCUAAUAAGAAUACAAAGGCCAUGAAGCAAUUUAACCUAUCUUCUUUUGCUCAAGAUUUACAUGAUAAUCGAUUAUCCGUCAUUCAACCUCGUCAAAGUAAAAUUAUGAUGACUGAAGAUGAUGAAUUGGAACUGGAAAAGCUCUUGAAUCAGCAAAGACAAAGAAUAUCUAUGAUGACUAUUAAUAAUAAUAAUAGUAGUAGUAAUUUAACCCUACAUGAGAUACCGCCCCUUGAUUUAAUACACUCUUAUCAGGAAAUAUUAAAAAAUCCUCCUUCAUUAGAUAAUACUUUUAAUAGACAACAGCAACAACAACAACAACAACAACAAAGCUUGACAAUCAAUAAGAGUCGAUAUAGUAGUAGCAGUAGUAGUGAAAGUAGUAGUGAACGUUAUAGUACUGAAGUCUUUAUAACAGAAGAAGACAGUAAUAAAAUUGCAAUCGAAGAUGAUUUUAAUGUUUCACAGGAUAGUACGAAAAUGACUAUGAAUUAUAAGCCUAUAACUAUCAUCAAGCCUGCUAAUAGUUUUAUUUCAAAGAAAGAGAUACAUCAUCAAGAUCAUUUGAAACGCUCUCUUUCAACUGCAUCCCAACAUACAUAUAAUAACUCUAUUCAUCAAGAAAAAGUGAAAAAAUCAACAAGUAUGCGCCAUAUCAAAUUACAAGAAAAGCCUUCAUCACUCCAUCGAAAUCAUGUCCCUGAGAGGAUGAUGAUAGAGAAGACAUUAGAUACGGAAAUCAAAAAGAAAGUAGAUUCAUCAAUGGAGAAGCCAAUAGCUAAACCUAGAGGAUUAUUAGGAAGUCUUCGUCAAGUGAGCAGAAGUAGUAAAGGUCAUCAAUCAUUUAAAGGUCUUGUUCGAAGUUUUAGUACAGCAAAAUCAUCUUCUUCUGUGGAUACAGAUAAUUCCAGUAAUGGUAUGUCCAGGGCUGCUAUGGCUGUUAUUCAACAUAGCAUGGCUGAAAAGGAACAAAAGAACAAUAAGUCCACCUUUGUUAUUCAGGAUGAUAAUGAUGAUAAUGAUAAAAUUAAAUCUCGUCACAACUCUUCACAACAUCCGGUGAAUAACUUAUUAGCGUCUACUCCAGGUAUAACAACCACUCGUCUUUUGAUCUCUCAAUUCCUCGCUAGAGCGUCUUCAACAAAAAGGAAAAGAAAUCAACACGGCGCAAAGAUGAUAAAUAUGCUACAAGAAGAUGAUGCAAAAGGAGGAGGAAGAAGAAGAAGAAGAAGCUGUUGUCGUCGUUAUUCUAAUAAAGUAGUACGAAGAACAAUCAUUUACGUUGAACCAGGUCACACUAUUCAAGAAUUGCUCGAUAAAAAGGGAGUUCCUAAUACAUCGAGUGCAGACGAGACUCAUCAUCACCCAUUACUUUCAUCCUCUACGAACGAUAGACAAACGGUCGUCUCUAAUAGUUCCACACUUUCUUCUACUGAUGAUGAAAUCGUUCGUCAAUCUAAUGAAUAUAUUAUGGCAACUAAAAUAAGUAGACAAACAUCCGUUCGUAAAAAGGUAGUGAAAGGACGAGGAGGACGAGGAGAAGAAGAAGAAGAAGAAAAAGAAAAAAAAGAAGAAAAUAAUGACAAUGGUAAUGAUGAAAAAGAACAUUCAAUUGCAACAGAGACCCCUCAUCCUAAUUCAACAGCCAGAGGUAAAAACUGGAAAUUAGAAAAUAUGGACAAUCAUGAUCAACAUCUUGAAGGACUAGAACUUCGAGAAAUGAGUGACGGUUCGGUUGUAUGGGGGAUUGUUAAAAAGCAAGGAAAUCGUAAAAGCUUUUAUGUUCCAAAUCAAAAGAAUGAAUAUGAGCAUUUGGACGACGAAAUAGAGGAUGGAUAUCCACACAUCAAUUUAAUAGAAGAAAAUUUAACUGUUGAUCGGUCUUCUUCUACUCCACCACCUAUACCAAAGCGUUCUCCUCAUCGUCGUCGUCGUAGCCCUUCCACUGCAGUAGAGUAUCAGGAUUCAUCUUUCUUGACAAAGAACCAAGACAAUUCUACAAUGACGGAUAUCUAUUAUUCAAAUCAAGUUACUUUACCAAAUUUAUUAAAAAUGAUUCAGGGACACGAGCAAUCUUAUUCUGAUGAAGAUGACUAUAAAUUUAAUGAAAAAAUUAUAUCCUCUGUAGAUGACCAACUAGAUGAGAUGAUGAGAAUACUGACAAGUCAGCAAUGUUAACGAUUUACCUCAUAUAUAGUGUUACCCUUUUUUCUUAAAAAAAAUAUACAUAUAUCUAUAUAAAUAUAUAAUUAUACACAUAUACAUAUUUAUAUAUGUUUAUAUUUAAAUUUAUAUGCAAUACAUUCCUUUCUCUAUAUUUAUUAUAUAUCAGUCAAAUAUACAUAUUAUUAUAUAC